AUGUUGAAGAAGGGAUUUUCUAAAACUGCAAUUCUGUUCCUCGUGUUGAUGGUAUUCUUCUUCACUUCCCAAAUAAAUAUUUCAUUGCUUUCAAGAUCAAAAGUAUUUGUGGCUUCUUCAAUAUCCAAGAGUAAACCAGGCCCUGUAAGCGAGAAUCGAAAAGAAAAGCCAGCAGCACAUUCACCUACACAUUCAGGUAUUGUAAGCAAGACAAGGGAAGACAGGCGAGCACGCUCGCCUCUCCAUUCAGAGGUCAAAAGAGCAAUCACAUGCGAUUGCUCUCACAGAGACUAUGAUCUGUGGUCCAUCAACGGCCCAACGCUCUUGGAUCCAAUCACUUCAACAUUCUUCACAAGGGGCCCCACAAACUCGACCCCACCAGACUUUGCAGUAAAAUUUCGUCCUUACCCUCGGAAGACGGAUCAAAAUGCCAAGUCCAAGGUCAACGAACUAACACUCACCUCAGCUCCACCAAAAUCCUCUUGUGGAAUCACACAUUCUAGUCCAGCCAUAGUAUUCAGCACGGGCGGGUAUACAGGAAACUUCUACCAUCAGUUCAACGAUGGGUUCCUUGCUCUCUACAUCACCAUCAACUCUCUCUCUCUAAAUCGAGAUGUCAUCCUAGUGGUCACCAAUUGGAGUGAAUGGUGGGCCCAAAAAUAUGGUGAUCUACUGCGUCAAUUUACCAAGCACCCCAUCAUCAACAUGGACAACCAGACCAGGACACAUUGCUUCCCAUCAGCAAUCAUAGGGCUCAUGACGCACGGUCCCUUAGUCGUGAAUCCCACAUUGCUACCCCAGCACAAAACACUCCUUGAUUUCCAUGCUCUCCUAGAAAAGACAUAUAGUCCCCGAGGGAAAUAUGUUCCAUGGUUUGAUAAAUCAAAGGGUGCUAGGCCACAGCUUGUUUUGGUGAACAGAAAAAAUGGUGUUGGUCGUGAGAUCUUGAAUUUAAAACGAGUUCUCGAGGAAAUUGAAAAGGUUGGAUUUAAAGCAAUUGUGUUUGAGCCAAAACGAAAUGGUUCUGUGCGUGACACGUAUAGGAUACUCCAUGGAAGCCAUGCAAUGUUAGCAGUACAUGGUGCUGCAAUGACGCAUUUAUUGUUUCUAAGAGUUGGAAUGGUGUUGGGUGAAAUAGUGCCAAUUGGGACAGAUUGGCUUGCUAAGACAUUUUAUGAGAAGCCGGCUAGAGUUUUGGGAUUAGAGUACAUGAAAUAUAAGAUUGAAGUUAAUGAAAGUAGCUUGGCAGAAAAGUAUGGAGCUAGUGACUUGGUGCUGAAGAAUCCUUCAGCUUUUGUUAACGGAAAUUGGACAAAAGCAAAGGUAUACAUGAAGACCCAAAAUGUCAAGCUUGAUACGGUUAGGUUUCGGAGAUACUUAAAGGAGGCUUACGCGAAAGCUAAGAGAUUCAUGGACAAGCAAGGCUAG